AUAGAAUUGUUAAGGGGCGGGCGGAGGAGGAAAUGGGCGAAGGGUUGUUGUGUGGUUGAUCCUGAGGGAGGAACGUCAUUGGUGAUAUUUUAGUGCGUUUGGGCAUUUAAUUUUCGUUUUAAGUCUUCAGUUACACUCUUUUCUACAGAUAAAGAAUUAUGGCACAGAGAGGAACAGCUCAGCGACCCAACGGCCAGGGAAAGAUCUGCCAGUUCAAGCUUGUUCUGCUUGGUGAAUCAGCAGUCGGAAAGUCUUCUCUCGUAUUAAGAUUUGUCAAGGGCCAGUUUCAUGAAUAUCAGGAGUCAACUAUCGGAGCUGCAUUUCUGACACAGACAGUAUGUUUGGAUGAUACCACAGUUAAAUUUGAGAUUUGGGACACGUGCGGUCAAGAACGAUACCACAGUCUAGCUCCCAUGUAUUAUCGUGGUGCUCAGGCAGCCAUUGUUGUUUAUGACAUUACUAAUCAAGACACAUUUGGUCGUGCUAAGACCUGGGUGAAGGAACUUCAACGGCAAGCUUCUCCGAACAUUGUUAUUGCCUUGGCAGGCAAUAAAGCAGAUUUAGCCAACAAGAGGAUGGUUGAAUAUGAAGAGGCCCAGACCUAUGCAGAAGAAAACUCCUUGCUUUUUAUGGAGACCUCUGCUAAGACUGCUAUGAAUGUCAAUGACAUCUUCCUGGCAAUAGCAAAGAAACUGCCAAAGAGUGACAGUACUGCAAGCGGUUCUCAGGGUGAUGUCAGCCUGUCCAAUAACCAGCCAGCAGGCACUGCUGGAUGUUGCAAGUGA